AGGAGACUUACUGUAUACGAGUUCCGCAGUCAAACUAGUUCAAAGUAGUUGUACGUCUUGUGACCGACUGUGCGGUUCCUGUCGAAGCCUGCUAUGGUGUGUGCCAGUUGUGCAUCCGAUCCCCGACUCACUGACUGUUACUUGCGUAUGCCAGCGUGACGGUCACGGUCCAUCGUGCCGAUACUCGAUAUAGUGUUCCCACUGCACUGGGGAAAUGUAGAAACCCUGUCCGUUCGACUGCAAGGCAGGUAGAUACGCGGGUUCGUAGAUCUGCUGAUAGCAGUACAGACUGUCAGUGCAUGCAGUGAGGUGCAAUGCGCCUCUACAAUACUAAAAAUCUUGUCCAUCAAUGCGGCCGAUGGCAUCCGCAAGGAAGCUUCAGCGAUUCCUAAUCCUACUGCAUGCUAGCUGCUGCUGGCGCGGCGACGAUCAUUUAUUGUUUUGGUGGUGCGUUGACGCUUUGCGCAGACGGGACGGCCCGGCCAUUGGCGGCCAAGAAGGACUUCACAAGCCAUGAGUCGGAUGACCGCAUUGUAACGCAGCUGCAGCUGCAAUCCAACAUUACACCGAUUGCGAUUAUGUGCUUGUUGAUCUACUACUACUAGUAGUAGUAAGGUAGUAGUGUAUGACAGUUACUGAGUAUUGUGUUUAUCAUCUGUCCGAUGGUGUACAGUAGUGGACAGAUGACUCCAGUCCUCAUAGACCUACGUCUAGACAUGAGCCUGAUCUGCUGAGUGGUCCCUGCAGUCGGAUCUGGUGACGGUACCCGAUCCCUGACCACUCAUACUGGUGCCCAUUGCUGGUCGACACAGUGACUGAGUACACCGUCAUUGAUUGCUGAUGCCAGCUCUAUCGCCAGGAUCUGGAUCACGAAAAUGAACCAGAAACAGAGGACUAGUUGCUAUUGACCGAAUAAAUUCGGCAGAUCUGCAGACGAGGUGAUCCGAAAUUUAUGCCUGGCCGAAUAUUUCCAGUUUUGAACCCUCAGUGCAGCACGGAUGCAGGUGUGUAGUACUGGCAGCAAAUCUGUGUAACUACCACCACCAGCGACCUAAGUCCUUGGGACUCAGUCUUGUGAUACCAAGAGUACAUGAUUGUAGUCUUGAUGAUACUGAUCAUACCGCUCUGCUAGCUCAGCAGUCAGUAGUAGUAAUGCACUAGUAGUAGUAGGGUAGUGUGCCUUGCCUGAACUGAUGAACUGAUCAUAAACCCCGGCAGUGCUGGAUGUGCAUCUGCAAUGGAGCUGAGCAGGAAACGUGUGGCAAUCGUUGGCGCUGGGGUGGCAGGGAUUUGCAGCUGUCGUCAUCUUGCAGGCCGACCAGAAUUCUUCGAUGUCGUCGUGUACGAGCAGAGUGCUGGGAUCGGUGGAGUGUGGGUCUAUGAUGAAGCAACAGACCAGCACACCCAGGUCAAGCCACCACCGACACUGAGCGGCUCAGAGCAAGCUGAGGACCAUAGCAACCACAGUAGCGGCAGUAAUGGCGCUGGCCCGCCAGACCAGGUCUGCAGUAAUGGCGCAGGGCCGGUUGAGAUCAGCAGUAAUGGCGCAGGGCCAGACAAGGUCAGCAGUAAUGGCACAGGGCCAGACAAGGUCAGCAGUAAUGGGGCAGGGCCGGACAAGGUCAGCAGUAAUGGGGCAGGGUCGCACAAGGUCAGCAGUAAUGGGGCAGGGCCGGUUGAGAUCAACAGGAGGCGAACUCAGUACAGCACGUGCAGUACGGAGGACACCGGAUCUCUGAUUCACAGCAGCAUGUAUGCCAACGUCAAGACCAACCUGCCAAAGGAGGUGAUGGCAUUCCCAGAUUUCCCCUUUCCAAGCGACCUACCUUCCUACCUAGGCCACAAGGAGAUACUCCAGUAUCUACACAAUUACGCACGGAGACACGACGUGAUGGCGCACGUGACACUAAACACACACGUCGUCACUGUUCAGCCCGUACUGGGGGAUACUGCGCCAAUGAAUCAUACUGGUGUGCAGGGCAAUGAUACACACAAGGUGUUUGCUAAGAGUGGACCCCAAUGGCGUGUCACCACUGAGUCUAGGGAUGGCUGCAUGCACGAGGAGACAUUCGAUGCUGUCCUCGUAUGCAAUGGGCAUUUUUCAGUACCACUGAUUCCGGCCAUUUCUGGGAUGCAUCACUUCAACGGUCAGAUCAUACACAGUCACAACUACCGGCGACCGCUUCAGUUCAAAGGGAAAUGUGUGAUGGUCGUCGGAUGUGGGCCCUCCGGAUCUGACAUUGCUCUGGAUGUUGCGACAGAAGCAGGCCGGGUUCUGCUCUCAGCCUCUCUGGACAAGUGGAUUUGCUGUGAUCUGCCGGAGAAUGUUGAGAUGAGGGACUGCAUCGACCACGUGAAUGCUGAUGGGCACAUUGUCUACGUCGGCGGUAAAGUGGAGAAGUCCAGCAUUGAUGCCAUCCUACUGUGCACGGGAUACGCAUUCUCCUUCCCAUUCCUGCACUCUUCGUGCAAUGUUGCCGUGGACGGGUACCGGCGUAUUCGCCCUCUGUACAAGCACCUCGUGCAUGCCAUCCAUCCCAGCAUGUUCUUUGUCGGCAUACCGUACACGGUGUCCGAAUUCCCCCUGAUCGACCGGCAGGCACACUACAUAACGGCAGUGCUCAGCGGUCAACAUACCCUUCCAUCGACUGAACGCAUGCUGCAAUGGCAAGCGGACGACCUGAAAGUCCGGGAAGAAGAGGGCUUCACGUUGAAGUACUCUCACUUCCUUGGCCCCAAGCAGUGGAGCUAUAACGCAGACUUGGCUGCAUCUGCCAGCGUCCCAGACCUGCCAGCACACCGAAGGAGAAUCCUGGAGCAUGUCAACAGGAAGCGCCGCAGCGAGCUCAUGACCUACAAGACCUUCAACUACAGAGUGACACGUGAUGCAGAGCAGGGUUUUGACGUUCUCUAGCAACAGCAUACUGGUGGGUACUGGUGUCUUGGUGGGUACUUGUGUACUGGCGUACUGGUGGGUACUGGUGGGUCCAACUUGCCUCUAGCUAACUACUCAGUUAUACGUACGUAUCUUUCCAGUGGAUUGUCAAACUGGGAAUGUUUAGGAACCAAAUGUGUGCACAUUGACUUAUGCACAACGCAAAACUGACCAAGUUAAGAAUCUUGGUCUGCCUUCUGUGUAAGGUUUGUUGAGCAUAGCUAUACUGUAUGAAUGGCAGACAGAUCAUGUGACUGUCCACAUCAUCGUCGACUUAUAUUGUGAUUUAUCUGAUAAUUAUGAUGAUGCCUGUUGAUUUCAUUUCCAACCGUCUAGUCUUGCCACUGACUUGUCAAAUUUUAUCAAUUGAUGGGUGUGUGUGUUAUUUCCCUAGUGCAUUUACACUUAACAAUGCCAUGUCACGUGAUGGUAGUACCACGAACAAUCCAUUGCGGCUGCUCAGGCUGAUGAUAUAUUGCAGGUUUUUGCAUUUGUGACCUUAGUAGCACUAGUGAUGUCUACCUGAUUGAGUCCAUCAUUUCUUCAAUUCUAUUUAUUGCACGAGCCCCCUACCACAAACAUACUUAUACAGUUAAUCAGACCCGCUUAUCCAGUUCCUCGGUUACCGAUCGGCAGCUAGCACUUGAUUGGAGCAAAAUGAAUAAACACCAUUCAAUAUAGCACAUUUUUGGUUAUCCAG